AUGGACAGCGUCGAGGAAGCGCUGCGGUUCAUCGCCAAGCAGUUUGAGAGCGCGGACUUGGCGCGCGUACAGUGGGUCGAAGAGCGCAAGGUCUUCCAGGCGCAGCUGCAGGAGCUCCAAGCACAGAAGAAGAUCCAAGACGACCACACGAAGGAGCUUCUGCUCCAGGUCAAGAUGCUCGAGUUCGCCUUGCAGCAAGAGCGUGGCCGCUACAUGACGGCCUUUUCCAAGGCGGAGAAGGCGCCGGGAAGUCCGAAGAGCCGCACGGUCUUCCGAAAAGAUAGCAGCAACGGCUCCAACAGCGGUAGCUUCUACGGCGCGAGCCCGCCCGUGAAGAGCGACUCGGAGAUCUCGCGUGGCAGCCCGGGCAUGGAGAUCUCGCGCGGCCCGCCCGCGUCGCCCGAGGUGUCGGUCACGCGCGGGAAGGAGGGCGAGACGCUCAUCUCUCGCGCCCGCGUCAAUUCGCGCACCGGCGAGAACCGGUCCGUGCCAUCGUCGCCGUCGAAUCCGCCGAUGACCAAAGGCCCGCCGCCUGUCGAAGUGCUACCGAGCUCGAAAGUCUCGGGCAACUUCCGCGCCUGCAAGAUGAAGCAGAAGCUCUCGGGCCAUCUCGAUGGCAUUCGAUCGAUCACGUUCCACCCGACGGACCCGCUGCUCGUCUCGGCCAGCGAGGACGCGACCGUCAAGAUCUGGAACCUCGCCUCCAAGCACUCGGAGAUCGAGGCCAUGGCGACCUUCCGCGUGCACACCGACAGCGUGCUCUCGGUCGCGUCGAUCAAGCCCGAGCACUCGAUCGGCCUCGGCUACCGCAACGGCCUCAUCGCGUCGGGCGGGAAGGACGGUACGAUCACGCUGCUUGCGUAUCCCGAAGCCGGCAUGGACCGCGACAGCAAGUCCGAGCCCUACUCCGUAGAGUACUAUGGCUACAUGGUGCACCGACUGGAGGCGCACCGCGACGCGAUCUGGAGCCUAAGCGCGCACCCGUACACGAACCUGCUCUUCAGCGCCAGCGCCGACGCCUGCGUGCGAGUCUGGGGCAUCUCGUCCGAGCCGACGCUCAAGUGCACGCUCGGUGCGUCAGUCCGGCAGCACCCCGCGGGCGUCCACGUCCACAGCGGCGACGGGCUCCUCGUGCCGACCUGUGUCGCGGCGGUCCCGACGAACGCAGCGACGCUCAUUGCUGGCUACACGUCCUGCACGAUUGGUCAAUAUGACAUUGGGUCGGAGCGGUUGGUGCAGCUCAUGUGCCCCGCCGACUCGGACGUGCACAUCACGGCCUUCCGGGAAGCUCAAGUCAACCAGGUGGUCGCCCACCCGACGAUGCCCAUCGUCGUGGCCGCGCACCAAGACCGCCGCUUGCGCUUCUACGACCUGCGCGCCGGCAAGUGCGUCGCGUCCGUGGUCGCGCACCAGGACGCCGUGUCGUCGCUCUCGAUGGACGCGUCGGGCUUGUACCUUGCGUCCGGCGGCCACGACGGAUCGCUGCGCUUCUGGAGCGUCGCCGAGCGCACGUGCGUCCACGAGCAGUCGGCGCACCGCCCCAAGUACGGCGAGGCCGUCCAGGACGUGGCCUACCACCCGACGCGCGGCUUCGUAGCGACGGGCGGCGCCGACUCGGUGAUAAAGGUAUUCCAAUGA